AUGCACACCAAACCGUUCGAUAUCCUCCUGUUAAUAUCACGUCGCGACAAACGUUAUUUGGAAACGAUAAACGACACCAAGGGAGAGAUUGGUAAUUUGUUGCCGUAGAUCGCGAUCGCGGUGAGCAUAGAUAUAUAUUGAAACUGCCCGACCUGUUUUCGCCGAUGUUAUCUUUGCUAAUUUAGGUAGCCACGAACCGAUGUACUCCUCGAUUCGUAUACACAUGCGAUCGACCAAUUGGUGGAUAUCUAAAAAUAGAGCGAUGCCGUAAUUUCUUUUAAAAAUCCCAUCGUUUUCGGACCCGCGAUCUCCGCGAACCUCUCAACCACUGCUUUCACGCAAUUUCCCUGCUAUAUACGCGCGCAUAUUCAUCACACGUCCAGUUAUUCGUUAUGGGGCACAUCUCGCAUGUCGUACCGUGAUAGCAGAGUUUUCUCUUUAGAUACGAUGCGCCUCUCCGAUAUCAUAAGACACAUAUUGGGCAAGUUCUUAGCUGCAAUGCCGAUCAGUCAAUUUGUCGCAUCCGCCUUAAACAUCGUUUUGCUCACUCGUAAGAUUUGCGCGUCUUUUCUUCUAUAUUCGCGUUUCACGUGAUCAUGUAUGAUCAACUGAUUUUUAUUUGUUGUUGUAGAUAUUUAGAAUGAAACAUUUCAGUCUGUAAACAAAUCAGACAUUCUGUUUCAUGUUUCUCAUUGACGUGGAAAUUAAUAUUGAAUAGUUGAAAUGUAUGUUCAUGGUGUUUUGAUUCAAGUGGAAGCAGGUCUUCGAAAACCUUCAAGCCAAAGAAAAAUAUCCCAGAGGGAACUCACCAGUAUGACCUGAUGAAGCACGCAGCGGCCACUUUGGGCUCAGGAAAUUUAAGACUUGCGGUUAUGCUUCCUGAAGGUGAAGAUUUAAACGAGUGGGUCGCAGUAAAUACUGUUGAUUUUUUCAACCAAAUCAACAUGUUAUUUGGCACCAUCACUGAAUUCUGUACGGAAGAAAGUUGCCCUAUCAUGUCGGCAGGACCAAAAUACGAAUAUCAUUGGGCUGAUGGGCAUACUGUUAAAAAACCAAUUAAAUGUUCUGCACCAAAGUAUAUUGAUUACUUAAUGACUUGGGUGCAAGAUCAGUUAGAUGAUGAAACCCUUUUUCCCUCGAAAAUCGGAGUCCCUUUCCCAAAAAAUUUCUUAUCCAUUGCCAAGACAAUACUGAAAAGAUUAUUUAGAGUGUAUGCACACAUCUAUCAUCAGCACUUUAGCGAAGUGGUCCAACUUGGUGAGGAAGCGCAUUUAAAUACAUCGUUCAAGCAUUUUAUCUUUUUUGUUCAGGAGUUUAACUUGAUAGAAAGAAGAGAAUUGGCACCGUUACAGGAAUUAAUAGAAAAGUUAACAGCGAAGGACGCCCGAUGAAUGAUCUUAAUCGUCAACUGAAAACUCCUCCAAAGAAUCUUAUCCAUGCUAUCUUUUUAACAGACGUGUAAUUGUGCAUGUUAUUUAACUAACCCAAUUCAUUGCUAACCCGAUCAUAGUUUCGAGCCAGGCAUUUCAUUGUUAUUAUACUAUACAUAACAUUUUAUUCAGUUACAAAAAUAAGUGACUGACUUUUGCAUUUUGUAACGAAGAUGAUUCUUGGGAAGGAAAAAGCUAUUUGGAAGAUCGAUGAAAUUACAGUAGAGAUCGAGAUGGUGAGGAUUAUUAACGUAGACUUUUGUAAAAUAGUUAUACAUUUGAUACAAAUCAUAGUAUCCGUUUUGUUUUUGAUCUUGAAAGGAGGGGGAAAAUGUUAUUUCUUAAGUAGACGGGGUGUUUCAUCGUGGAUUAAUUACGCGUAAUUUGUUACGCAUAACAAAUUUUUAUACUUUAAACUUCGAAAAAAAAAAAAUUCAUAUCGGCUAUAUAUAAUAGAUUGGAACUUUUAAUAUUAAAAAAAAAAAAAAAA